UGGUUUGCACUCGCAAAAGACCGUAUUGAUAAUAUACAUAAUCCAUGAUGUUUCACUAAACAGCGAAGAGGUUGCACUUAGAAUUGAAAUCAUUUGUAGUAAAAAUUUGACAUGUACAGCUGACAAAAAAGAAAAGAUAAAUGGUGGAUUAUUGUGAUGAUUUUAUCAGCUGUUUGGACUCUAAUUUUUCACGGCACCCAUUCACGGCAGAGGAUUCAUUGGUUGAGCAAGAGAUGUAAUGCAAAAUUUGUCCAGAUUUGUUCAUUUGAUCUGUUUUAAGUUUUUUGACCAAAGCUUGCCGGAAGCUAAACAUAUAAGGCAAUAAAAUAUGAUGAGUAUGCAAUAUACAAGUAUACUAUACAAGUAAAAUAUACAAGAAACCUGUUGUAUCAUAUUCAAUACAUAAAUUAAGUCUUAACCUUGAAAUAUUGUUAACCAUAUCAAGGUUAUUCUUACACACUGUAUAAAAUCAAUAAAGUUUUCACAGCACAAGUGGGACAUUUUUAGAAUUAUCCUAAAAAUGCUUACUUACAAAAAAUGAUAAUAUAUGUGUUAUAUGGCAUAAGGCAUGCGGUAGAUUCUGUACAAUAGGUUUUUAGUUGGAUUAUGUUGAUAAUAAAUUAUAUGAUACAAAGGCCUUAUAAAUAUGUGCAUGAAUACUAUAGAGUAUAGACUAAUACAAAUCACCUCGCUAUGGACAGAGACCCCGGAGCCUGUGAGGGCCAUGGGGGAGGGGCCUCGUAAUCAUUCUGUCCUGUGCAUUUAAAGGAUGACCAAUGACCCAUGACCCUGACUCAACCUACCCAUCUACCUCGAUAUCUCACAUUUCUUAUUAUAUCUCAGCACCUUACUCAAUUUACCAAUCUCAACAACCUUAACAAUCAAUCUACUCUAAUACCUCAUAUUACAAAGCAUAUGUUUUACUCAACCUACCACUCAACCAUAACCUUUUUUCCGGCCCUCUUAGGUAAUGUAAAUGUUCUUCAUUAGCCUGUGUAGCCACAAAGAAACUUUAACAUGCAUCUUUUUAUUGCACAAGUUUUUCUGAAUUAUUAAAAUCAUCUUCACAAUGAGAAAAAAUGCUUCUUUUUUCUUUAAACUUAUACUUAACUCCAUAUCUUGACGAACAGGUAAAGGGAGUGUAGUCGGUUGGUUUUCGAAUAGUAAGGAAUUCAAUAAGACACAUUUAUAAAUUUGAAAUAACCGUGUACAAGCGCAAAAGAAAGAAUGAACAAACUAAUGAAUAACAAAUGGUUAAAAACACAUUUUUUAGAUUAGUGUGGGUAUGUGUAAUUGUCUGUUUCAGCUUCACAGGAGCUGCAGUUGACCCUUGACCUCUUCUUACCCUGCAGGUGCAUACUGAGAAGGUGACUGAGGUCAUUCCUGCUACCUUCCUUUGCUUCUGUCUCCCAGGCAGAACUCUCCACCUCUCUCGGGUUUUGGUUCCUGUUGUAGUUAACUGGAAUCUGGGUUCAGAUCUGUAGAUACUCAUCUGUAAUCUCCUUAAGCAGCUUAGAUUGAUUUAGACAGUCUCCAAACUUUCCCUGCAAUUACCAAGCGGCCGACCAUCCGUUUGCCCCAUUCACGAGAAAAAGAGAGAGCGUGUGUGAGCGAGAAACAGAUGCCCCCUGUGCGUCACUUGCGCAUCGGCUACCGUCUUUAGACUGCUCGUGAUAUCUGUUCGUGUCCCCGGAGCGGCAGCGCCGUAGAAGGCAGACGGUUCGGACUCGUGCGGCCAGCGGGGCGGAUCGAGGGGGUGGAGCCGCUCCCGGUGUAUAUAGAGCAAUUCCAUGUUAGUCUGACAGAGAGAGAGAAUCCCGUGUCCGAGAGCCGCACUUCACCUAAAACAACUUGAGAACGGAGAGAAUCAAAGCGCAGGAGUUCAUUCACUGCAUUGGCGCAUGCACGGGAAUUAUUUGAUUCACUCACUCCAGGAAAAAGCCCAUUUAGUCUGCGAGUUCACGACUUUAAAGUCGGGAUUCUUUAAAAAACACUCUAUUUCUACCUGUUAGUCAGGCUAACGUGCGUUAAGUGAUUCUUUAAGGUCGGAGGCGUCUCGGUGCAGUAAGCUGUCUUCUGGCUGGACUCGGUGCCCGUGUUGGAUCGAGAAAUUGUGUGUAAUUCCGUUAUUGGUGUGCGGGGCUUAUUUCCACAAUAGAGGCGCCGCCUUUGCUCUGAACACACACACACACACACACACACACACACACACCCGCUCGCGCGCCAUCAGGUGCCAGAGAGACACACACACUUCCGAUUGAGUAGCUGUUCGAGUAAACGCAGAUCAGCGAGGAUCACCCAGGACUUUUACCCGGCACCGAGUUGGAUUUAUAAAGCAGAUUUGUCCCCGCGUGACAGCAUGAUGGAUGCAUGAGGGCGCGCGAGAUCAAUACACCCAAUUAAUCAAUACCCUCCGAGCGCACGUGAAGAUCAGCUCCGCUGGAUGUGUAUGACCGCAUCUCUAUCACCAGGUGGCUUUUCAAGUGCGUGUUUCCAAGCGCGCGUCUCCCGUUGGCGUAAAUGUGCGCAUAAGGUGUUUUAGGAGCCACCAAACAAAAACGCAGAGCUACAAUGCGCGUGCGGGAUUAGUUUAAACUUUGGUUCGCAGCGGAAUCGUCUGGAUCUGGACUCUAAACUCGCGUCCCUGCACAGAAGAGACUACGCAGACCCCAGAUGGGAGCUGAUCUGGAUUGAAUUGCAAUUUGUUUCCCUUUGUAAAGAAGAAGGGGAAAACAUUCCAGCCGGAGGAGAUUACAAGCGUUUUCUUCUCAAAGAUCAUUUGUUGUGACUCCUCUCGUUGUUUUUUUUUUUUUUUGGAUUUAAAACUCCUGCGCCUGCUCUGGCGCAACUGUUUCGCACCGGGAAUUUCGCGUUUUAUCAGAACUUGAGGAAACAGCAGUGAUGUUGGUGUUAAAAGCAGUGGUGCUGUGUGCAUUGCUCGGCGGGGCUGGGGCUCAGUCGUGCCCGUCUCAGUGCUCCUGCAGCGGGACAGCGGUGGACUGCCAUGGGCAGAGUCUGCGGAGCGUGCCGCGGAACAUUCCCCGCAACGCUGAGCGACUUGACCUGAAUGCAAACAAUCUGACUAAAAUCACUAAGGCAGAUUUCGCGGGACUGCGGCACCUCAGAGUUCUGCAGCUAAUGGAGAACAAGAUCAGUUCUAUUGAGAGAGGGGCAUUUCAGGACCUGAAAGAGCUGGAAAGACUGCGUCUCAACAGGAAUAAUCUUCAGGUUCUUCCGGAGUUGCUGUUUCUGGGCACGACCAAACUCUUCAGACUUGACCUGAGUGAAAAUCAAAUCCAGGGGAUUCCCAGAAAAGCAUUCAGAGGAGCUACUGAGAUCAAAAACCUGCAGCUGGACUAUAAUCAGAUUUCCUGCAUUGAAGACGGAGCGUUCAGAGCUCUGCGGGACCUAGAAGUGCUCACACUGAACAACAACAAUAUCUCUCGCUUGUCAGUGGCCAGUUUUAACCACAUGCCCAAGCUUAGGACAUUUCGUCUGCAUUCAAAUAAUCUGCUAUGCGAUUGCCAUGUGGCCUGGCUCUCUGAUUGGCUGAGACAGAGGCCCCGCCUUGGCCUCUACACACAGUGUAUGGCUCCACCCUCUCUGAGAGGACACAACAUUGCUGAGGUUCAGAAGAAAGAGUUUAUGUGUACAGACUUCAGUGAAGGGCCCCAGUCACACUCGUCCUGUAGUGUGCUGCAGUGUCCUGAGCUGUGCACCUGCAGUAAUAACAUAGUGGACUGCCGGGGGAAAGGACUGACUGAAAUACCCACCAACCUGCCAGAAACCAUCACUGAAAUCCGACUGGAGCAGAACUCCAUCAAGAUUAUUCCUCCAGGAGCAUUCUCACCUUACAAACGGCUGCGGAGAAUAGAUUUGAGUAAUAAUCAAAUAACUGAACUGGCGUCAGACUCCUUUCAAGGUCUCCGAUCUUUGAAUUCUCUGGUUUUAUAUGGGAAUAAAAUCACUGAACUUUCCAAAGGCCUUUUUGAUGGACUAUUCUCAUUGCAGCUACUGUUGCUAAAUGCGAACAAGAUCAAUUGUUUGCGUGUAGAUUCUUUCCAAGACCUGCAGAACCUGAAUCUUCUGUCACUUUAUGACAACAAACUUCAAACCAUCGCAAAGGGAACCUUCUCUUCUCUCCGAGCCAUCCAAACACUUCAUUUGGCCCAGAACCCCUUCAUGUGUGACUGCCACUUGAAGUGGCUAGCUGACUACCUGCAAGACAACCCGAUUGAGACCAGCGGAGCUCGAUGCACUAGUCCCCGUCGGCUUGCUAACAAACGCAUCGGCCAGAUCAAGAGCAAAAAGUUCCGCUGUUCAGCUAAAGAGCAAUAUUUUAUACCAGGUGUGGAAGAUUACCGAUCAAAACUAGGUGGGGAUUGUUUCGCUGACCUGGCGUGCCCAGAGAAGUGCCGCUGUGAAGGAACCACAGUGGACUGCUCUGGACAGAAGCUCACGAAGAUCCCAGACCACAUACCUCAAUAUACAGCAGAACUCCGCUUGAACAAUAAUGAAUUUACAGUUCUGGAGGCUACAGGAAUCUUUAAGAAGCUUCCUCAGUUGCGCAAAAUUAAUCUUAGUAACAAUAAGAUCACAGAUAUUGAAGAGGGCACAUUUGAGGGGGCCAGUGGAGUGAAUGAACUCAUACUGACAAGUAAUCGCUUAGAGAGUGUCCAUCAGAGCAUGCUGAAAGGUCUCGGCGGCCUCCGCACGCUGAUGUUAAGGAGUAACAAGAUAAGCUGUGUCAAUAACAGUAGUUUUACUGGUCUGAGCUCUGUGAGGCUGCUCUCCCUCUAUGAUAACCUGAUCACCUCCAUGUCCCCGGGAGCCUUUGACACACUUCAUUCCCUCUCAACACUGAACUUGCUGGCCAAUCCGUUUAACUGUAACUGUCAUCUGGCCUGGCUGGGGGAAUGGCUCCGUAAGAAACGGAUUGUCACGGGUAACCCUCGCUGUCAGAGCCCGUACUUUCUUAAGGAGAUACCUAUUCAAGACGUGGCCAUUCAAGACUUUGCCUGUGAAGACGGUAAUGAUGAGAAUAGCUGUUCACCCUUGGCUCGCUGUCCUGCUGAGUGCUCGUGUUUGGAUACGGUGGUUCGCUGCAGUAACAAAGGACUUAAGGUUUUACCCAAAGGCAUUCCUAAAGAUGUUACAGAACUCUAUCUCGAUGGCAACCAGUUCACGCAAGUCCCUCUGGAACUAUCCAAUUAUAAACACCUCACUCUCAUCGAUUUGAGUAAUAACCAGAUCAGCACAUUGUCCAACCACAGCUUCAGUAACAUGUCCGAGCUGCUCACCCUAAUUUUAAGCUACAACAGACUGAGGUGUAUUCCUGUAAAAGCUUUCGACGGCCUCAAGUCUCUGCGUCUGUUGUCUCUCCAUGGUAAUGAUAUUGCUGUGAUCCCAGAUGGAGCUUUCAAAGAUCUGUCCUCGCUCUCCCACCUGGCUUUGGGAGCAAACCCUCUGUACUGUGAUUGUCACAUGCAGUGGCUCUCUGACUGGGUAAAGAGCGGCUACAAGGAGCCUGGAAUUGCACGCUGUACCGGUCCUGGAGAGAUGACCGACAAACUACUGCUGACUACACCCUCCAAGAAAUUCACAUGCACAGGUCCAGUGGAUGUGAGCAUUCUGGCAAAAUGUAACCCUUGUUUAUCCAACCCUUGCAAGAAUGAUGGAACCUGCAGUAACCAUCCUGUCGAUUUUUACAGAUGCACCUGUCCAUAUGGUUUUAAGGGCCAAGACUGUGAGGAACCGAUUCACGCGUGCAUCAGUAACCCGUGUCAGAAUGGAGGCACCUGUCAUCUGAAGGACGGAGAGGAGAACACUCACUGGUGUGUGUGUCCAGAUGGAUUUGAGGGCGAUGAAUGUGAGAUAAACAUCGAUGACUGUGAAGACAACGACUGUGAGAAUAACUCGACGUGUGUGGACGGUAUCAACAACUACACCUGUCUCUGCUCACCCGAAUACACAGCUGCUAAUAAUAAUGAGGUGGAGAAAGGGGAGCUGUGUGAAGAUAAGCUGGAUUUCUGCGCUUCAGAGCUAAACCUGUGUCAGCACGACUCGAAAUGUAUUCUAACCGCUAAUGGAUUCAUGUGUGAGUGUACUCCAGGUUAUACCGGGGAACACUGUGAGGUGGAUUUUGAUGAUUGUGAAGAUAACAAGUGUAAAAACGGGGCUCAGUGUACGGAUGCUGUAAAUGGCUAUACGUGUGUGUGUCCAGAAGGGUACAGCGGGUUGUUCUGUGAGUUCUCCCCUCCAAUGGUCCUGCCGAGAACAAGUCCGUGUGACCACUACGACUGUGCCAACGGUGCACAGUGUGUUGUCAAGGACACGGAUCCUGUGUGUCAGUGUCUCCAUGGUUAUGAAGGCGUGCACUGUGAGAAGCUGGUCAGCGUCAACUUCAUCAACAGAGAAUCGUUCCUGCAGAUCCCCUCCAACCUCAUUACAGAACAGGCCAAUAUAUCACUACAGAUCGCCACAGAUGAGGAUAAUGGAGUGCUGCUGUAUAAAGGAGAUAAUGAACACAUUGCGGUGGAGCUCUACAGAGGCAGACUGAGAGUCAGUUAUGACUCUGGAUCCUACCCUCCAUCUGCCAUCUACAGUGUUGAGACUAUAAAUGAUGGCAGUUUUCAUGUAGUGGAGCUGGUGGCAAAGGAUCAGUCUCUGUCCCUCUCCAUUGAUGGAGGAAGCCCCAAAUCCAUCAACACCGCCAGCAGCCCCAGCCCACUACCCAGCCCUGCUCCGCUUUAUCUCGGUGGAAUUCCUCAGCAGUCAGGACUGGCCUCGCUGCGUUCCUCCGGGAGGAACGGCUCUAGUUUCCAUGGCUGCAUCCGAAACCUCUACAUCAACGACCAGCUCCAGGACCUCACCCAGUUCCUGCUGCAGGAGGGGGUGGUUCCCGGCUGCCAGCCCUGCCAGCGGAGCGUGUGCGGUCACGGGCAGUGCCACGCUACCGGACAGUCCUCCUUCAGCUGUGAGUGUGAGGCAGGAUGGAUCGGCCCUCUCUGUGACCAGCAGAUCAACAACCCAUGUGACGGAAACAAGUGUAUCCACGGCUCCUGUCUGCCCAUAAACUCGUACUCGUACAGCUGUCGCUGUCAUCCAGGCUUUGCAGGUGUACUAUGCGAUGAAGAGGAGCAGUUGAGUCCCUGUCAGUACAUAGCGUGUAAACACGGACGCUGUCGUGUGUCUGGGCUGGGGAAGGCCUACUGCGAGUGUAACAGCGGCUACACAGGGCCAAGCUGCGAUAGAGAGAUGGCGUGUCGGGGGGAACGGGUCCGAGAUCACUAUCAGACGCAGCAGGGCUACGCAGCGUGCCAAAGCACAGAGAAGGUCUCCCGUCUAGAGUGUCGGGGCAGCUGCGGGGACGGGACCUCCUGCUGCGCCCCCCUCCGCAGCAAACGCAGGAAAUACACCUUCCAAUGCACAGACGGAUCCUCUUUUGUACAGGAGGUGGAGAAGGUCGUUAAGUGUGGCUGCACAAAAUGUCCAUCCUAAAACCGCAAAAGAAGAAAUACAUCCUCACACCCCUCUUUUGAAGUCCCCUGUUUUGUUUUACCUUUUUGUCAGUGUUGGACUAAUGUUUUUUUUCCUUCAAAGGAGAUAAUGGAUUACUGUAAGAUAAAGAACAAACCUAUUUUUUAUUAUGAAGCGGAGAAAAAAAAGACAAAAAUAGAUAGAUUUUUUUUUUUUUUUUUUGCCAUCAUUUUAGGUACUGUGACAUUUUUGAUUACUUUUUUUUUUUUUUUUUUUUUUUUUUUUUUCCUGGCAAAUCACCUCAGACCAGAAUGGAAAGCAAACACACCCUGUUGACACAUUUCACUUUUUUGUGUCUUACUUUGUGCCAUUCUUUUAUGUGCUUUUCUGGACUGCCGUAACUCAUUUCACCUGGACGUUGUGAAGGUGAGAUAAAGUAUCACUAUGGAGACUACGAGCUGAUUCGCUGAGAGUGGAGGUCUCCCCUCCUACUUCCUUACAGUGUACAACACACACACACACACACACACACACACUAUCAUAGCUGCUCCUGUUCAUUCACACACAACUUAGCCACUAAGUGUACACACACGAUCUCUUCCAGCACGCGCACACACACACACACACGCACACACACACUCCCGAAUUCACAUUAUAAACCAUGUGUAUUUAUUGUAUCAAAAAUACUGUCACAUUACUUAUACUCGGUAUAGCCCUUCGUUUCCCUGGAGUUACAGUUGGAAUUUCUUAAUAUAUAUUAAUUUAUAUUCGUCCUUUUACCAAUUUAAAUCACUCAUAGCUUACUGAGUAGAAUAACUAACGUCGUGUCUCCUUCAUUCGGUUGGUUUGACCAAUGGGACUGUUGUAUUUACCAUAAAAAAAAAAAUAGAAAAACAAGAAAAAAAAAACUUAGUGGUGUUAUAAAUCUUCAAAUGUGAAGUGAAAACAUUGUAUAUUUUUGUCGAAUCUCCUAAAAAUUUGUAUGGUGACACAGAUGUGCUUUAUAUUAGAGUUUAAAUGUAUAGUUCAAUUUUCCCCAUGUAUUCUGUAUAGAGCACAUGCCAUAGUUUAAAAAAGAAAUAACAGUAGCGUCCAUAGCUGUCAAUAAACCUCUUUUUAAAAUAUCCUCCUUGCAAAUCCUUUUUAAUGAUACGGAUAGAAAGAAAAACUGUGACUUUUUUUCUAAAUGAUACUACUUUGUUACCACUCUGUUUCCCCCAUGUUAACAUGUUGCUGCUAAAUUGGUAUUGUAGACUUUGGAUGAUGAUGCUGAUGUUUAUUGUAGAGGACGUUGCUCAUUCAUUGAGCAAAUUGUUU